AUGCCAUCAAACCUGAAACCAAUCAAACUAUGGGGUGAACCUCGAAGUCCCAACCCUGCCAAAGUGGCUAUCAUUCUCGAGGAACUGCAACUUCCCUAUGAAGUGAUUCCGGUCCCGUUCUCCGAUGUCAAGAAACCCGAGUAUCUCGCCAUCAACCCCAAUGGACGUCUCCCGUCGAUUCAUGACGCCAAUACCGGAGUCACGCUUUGGGAGUCUGGUGCCAUCGUGGAAUACCUCAUCGACACCUACGAUCAGGAGCAUCAAUUGAGCUUCGAUGCCGGGACGAUCGAGUUCUGGCUCGCAAAGCAGUGGCUAUACUUCCAGACUUCGGGGCAGGGUCCUUAUUACGGCCAGGCGGGCUGGUUCAAGCUGUUCCACCAGGAAUCGGUGCCGAGUGCCCUUGAUCGGUACCUGAAAGAGAUUGCGAGAGUGACGGCGGUCUUGGAAGAUCACUUGGGUCAACAGAAGCGAAAGGACACCAGUGGUGAUGGUGAUGGACCAUGGCUCGUCGGCAACAAGCUGUCAUAUGUCGAUAUUGCCUUUAUUCCUUGGCAGCACACGAUCCUCAAGGUCUUUGGUAAUGACGAGUUCGACCGGAGCAAGUACCCGUUGGUGGAUGAGUGGUAUCGCAAAAUUACUUCGCGACCCGCAGUCAAGAAAGUGUGGGUAGAUUUUGAUGCUAAGAGGUGA